AUGACUGUUGAAACAUCUAAUGAAUUAAAAUUACCACAAUCGGGUGACCUUCGAGAAAAUCAGUACAAUGCACAGUUUAUAAGUCCGAUAUUAGAGAAUACACUGAAGACUAUAUGUAACAUUGACUGGAGAAUUCUUGAAGUCCCAGUAGAAAGUAGCAAAGAUCGUUGUAAUGCAAACAUAAAUCCAAUCGUUGAUAAAGUUUUAGAAGCAAAGUGUGCAGAUGGGCUUGCUUGUCUCUGGCGAAGCCGUGAAGAAGUGUUCCUAUAUGAACAGACAGGACCUCCGGACUUUGAUGAUAUUACUCAAUUACACAUUCACGAUUAUAAAUUGGUCAGAACAAUGCGAGAUGUGUUAAACCAACUAAUAAUUCUUCGCUUUAAAGACGGAAUAUAUGAUCACAAAGACCUUGCAAGUUUCAGUGCUUUUGGCCAUCGCACUGAAGUGUCUUUGUUUUGGUUAACAAUACACCAGAAGUCAUAUUGUCUUCGUGAAUAUGGAACUUUCAAGAUCCCUGCAAUUUGGCAGGAUAUCCCCAUUCUUUGCGAAGCGAUUAUAACAUGUCUUAAAUUUUUUGUGAGUAUAACAAAGUUUUGUCCAUUUAUUCACUGCUUUUUACUAACACCGGUUUAUGCUCAGUCUUUCAUGAAAGAAAAUAUUGAAAAGAGAAGUCCAUACAUUGAACAAAAACAAAAGAUUAUACAAAGAGCCUGGAGAAAUUACAAGAAUAGACCUGAGUCAUUAGCCACUCAAGUUUGGAACGCUUUAAAAACGGAUGAUUACCCCAAUGAUAAGAAGUUUUUAGGCAUAACUCCUCAAAAGGUAAAUCGUCCUUCUGGUUAUGAUUAUAUUGACUAUAAGUCUAAACGUUUAUCUUGGCAUUCUAAUAGUCCUAAAUUGUGGGCGGAAUCCAAGAAGUCACUUUUAACUUACAGACUAUACGACUAUGUGGUAAAUUUAUUGCAACAAAAUGGAUACAGAUUAAUUGGUGGUAGGUCUUG